AUGAACCACCUGACAAAGGCAACAACAGUCCCAGAACGAGAGGCCGCGGAAAAAGCCGUCAAGGCACAACAGCCGCAAACACAAUCGUCCAUUCUGCCGAGUGAACUGCCGCACUCGGCCACAGAAGAGGGUAUUGUUCCGCCAGGAGCCCUGCCGGGUGUAGCAACUCAAGAUGUUGCUGCUCCGGCGGAGGCGGCCCCGAACGGUGCUGCGUCACCAGACUUGGCUACUGAAGAAGCCAGUGCGCUGCUGAUCACCCCAACGGACAAUUCCAGUGAAGAAGCCGCUAGUGCGCCACUCGUCGCCGCGCAGGGACUGACUGACAGCGACCACCCAACACGGCACCCAACAACGCCAGUUUUACUAGAAAUUCCUGAAGCCAACCUGGAGACACUUCUAUCGGCAGAAAUGCCAAUGGAAGUGCAACAGGCAUCACGGAAAUGGCCAGCCACCUCCGACUCUGAGGAACAAACUACAGCAACUGCGCCUGAAGGGCGCCAAACAAAAAAGAAGGCUUCUGCAACAGACGCCCCCACGGCACCCCCUUGCAGCUGUGGAAGGCGGUUUUACCGUACCAAACCGGCGGCACACCGCCAAGCCCAAAAGACUUGA